AGAAUCGAUAUAUUCCUAUAUCGAUUUAUCUCGAUUAGAAUAUAAUCUCGAUUGUAACUUUAUAGAUGAGUAUAACAUACAUUAUCAACUUCGUGCGAAAGAUUUGUGUUCAACGAUCGAAAAGUUACAGAAAGUUAUAAUGUCAAAAACACAUAGUCCUACUGUUUUCAAUGGAGAAGCUGACAAUUUUUAUGACCCAAAUUUUACUUUGGAUAUUAAUAAAAGAAUGCGUGUACCAAAAAGUAUUCGUGUAAGUGGCGAUUACACAGAUGAAGAAAUAAAUGGUACAAAUGGUUCUAGUUGGAAUCAGAUAGUUGCAGGAGAAAAAUUUGAAAUGCAUGUUCCAGAUAGAAUUUUAGUUGUUGGACAAGAACAACAUAUUGGAACUAGAGCACCACCAAGAGAAAUUACAUUAGAAAAUGCUGUUUUACCAUCUGAACCAGGCAUGGUUAGAGUACAGACUCCACCAAGAAUUUUGACAUUGGAUAAUCAUUAUUUUCCGGCAGUUGAUGAAGAGGAACCAAAUUCCUAUUCAACUGAAAGUAAAGAUUCUUUAGUCUCUAGAUCACAUGGACAAUAUCCUACAGAAACACAAAUAGUUAGGCAUGCUAGAGAACAGACAGCUUCAUAUAAUGCUCUUAAUGUUUCUGUUCCACCUAGUGAAGAGAUACAACACUUACGUCGACAAGUAGGGAAAUUAAAUCGUCGAGUAAUGGCUAUUGAACUUGAAAUGUUGCAACGUCAACAAAGAGAAAAAAUUUUAUAUGCAUUAACAUUAACAUAUUUAAUUCUUAAAGCUUUUUCAUGGUUAACAAGAAACUGAGUUUACAUUUAGAAAGUGUAAAAGAUUUCUCUUGUGUGAAAAAUGGUGCUGUUCAUCCAUAUAAUGCAAGAUAGUCUAUCAAAAGUCUCCUUUGUUUUAAGAAAAAAUUUAUAACCAAAGACUCUACAUUGAGUAUAUGAAAUUAUAAAAUGUUCAAAAUAAAUGUAUUGUAUAUAUUCAAAACUAAUUAAUUUUCAAUAUUUACAUGAAAAUAUCAAUUAAAUUUUUAAAUAUUUAACUUAUAAAAUCUAAUUUGUUAUAUUUAUAUCUUUUAUUAUUUAAAAUGAAUUGAAACUUUUCCUUACUUACACUAUUUCCUAAUAUAUAUAAGCAUUGAAUAUAUACUAUACUAAUUUUUUUUAAAUAAUUGAAUUUGAAUAUCUAAGUAUAUUUGUAUAAAAUAAUUUGCAUUAAUUUCAAGUCAGAAAAUGAGUUUUCUUGACAUUUAUGUUAAAGAUCUAUUAAGAAAUCCAUUUUACACAAAAAUGUAAUAUUUCAAUAUCAAAAUAAUAAACUGAAAAUAAAUAUUAGAUAUAAGUACAGUAUAAUAGGUAAUUGUAAAUUUGUAAAAGUAACAAAAAUGUUAUGAGAUUCUAGAUAUUGAAAUUGAAAUUUCAUUUCUUUUUCUUUAUUUACUUUUUUUAAUCAUGUAUAACUAAAAAUAUAUUGUAUCAAUACAUUGACAAAAUUGUUAAAAUCGAUUAUUAUGAAUAUUAUGAAUAAUACUAAGUUUGACACAUUUUUGUGGCUAUGAUAUUCAUUGUAUAUUUAUAUAAUACAAAUAUAUUAUGAAAAAUGAAUAAAAUAAAUAUAUAAUAAU